GGAGCGCAGCGGGGCGCGCAUGCUCCGCCGGCCGGGGCCCUCCCCCGUCUCCUCCCCCCGCCCGGCGCCGCGGGGACGGGCUCGACCAUUUCUGCGGGCGCGGGGCCGCGGGGCCGAGGCUUUCUCAGCGCCGCGGCCGGCUCUGCGCGGCGGCUUCAGCACCGCGCCGCUGGACAGCGCCCGCCGGGCGGCGGCUCCGCGCCGCUGAGCGCCCGCCGGGCCGGGGCCGCGCAGGGCAGCGCGGGCGGCGACCCCGAGGCUGCGGCCCCGUCCCUGCGCCGGGCUCGCCCGCCGAGGGCGCUGGGCAGCGGCGCGAUGUUCCUCAAGCUGGCGGUCGUGGUGCAGGUGCUGUCGCUGCUGGCAAGCCGGGUGCACGGCUUCCCGAAACCGGGGGGCAAAGAUAAAGCUAUACACAACAGACAAUUAAGUGUAGAAAGACCUUUGGAGGAACAGAUUGCUGAAGCUGAGGCAGACAAGAAUAGGAAAAUAGUUCCCACAGAAAAUAAGCCAGAGUUCAGGAAUUAUUCCUUUGUUGAUGAUCUGAACCUGCUAAAAUCAAUAGCAGAAAGAGAGAGGAAUGAAAAAGAGAGGGAGUCAAUUAGAAGCUCUUUGUAUGAACAGCAACUGGCCAUUGAUGAUGCAGACUCCACCAAGAACCGCAGACUUGUGGAUGACUAUGACUCCACUAAAAGUGGGCUGGAUUAUAAAUUCCAAGAUGAUCCAGAUGGCCUCCAUCAAUUAGAUGGCACUCCUUUGACUGCUGAAGACAUUGUUCAAAAAAUUGCUGCAAGAAUUUAUGAGGAAAAUGAUAGAGGAGUGUUUGACAAGAUCGUUUCAAAACUUCUAAAUCUGGGUCUAAUCACAGAGAGUCAAGCCUAUACCCUGGAAGAUGAAGUGGCAGAGGUUUUACAACAGCUAAUUGCAAAUGAAGCAAAGGAUCGUGAGAAGGAAUCUGAAGAUUUUGAUUACCCAAGCAGAGGAGACAGUGAUACAAAAGAAAAACAACAGGAAAGAAUGACGUCAAGCAAAGCUGAUCAGGACAGUUUCAUUAACGGAGAAAUUGAUGAUACACUGGAUAACACAUGGUCAUCAUCUAAUAUCUUGGAAAGAAGAAAUGAGCUGCCUUCUGAAGAUAAUUUUGAAGACCUCCAAUAUUUUCCAAACUUUUACGCACUAUUAAAAAGUCUUAACUCAGAGACAGAGGCAAAAGAGAAAGAGACCUUGAUAACUAUCAUGAAAACCCUGAUUGAUUUUGUGAAGAUGAUGGUUAAAUAUGGAACAAUCACACCAGAAGAAGGAGUUUCCUAUCUGGAAAACUUAGAUACAAUGAUAGCUGAGCAGACAAAGAAGAAGCUUGAGAACCCUUCCACUAAAACGAGAAAAAAGCUACCAGCAGACAAGAAUAGUGAAGAAGCAGACAGUACAAAGGAAGAAGCAGCUAAAAUGGAAAAGGAAUAUGAAAUUUCAAAGGAUUCUACAAAAAAUGAAGAACAAAAUGCAGCAGGAAACAGUGAAGAGCCCGGAGGGAAAGCUGAGGCAUAUUUGGAAGCAAUCAGGAAGAAUAUAGAAUGGCUAAAAAAACACAACAAAGACUAUGAUCUUUCAAAGCUGAGAGAUUUCAUUGAUCAGCAAGCUGAUGCUUAUGUGGACAAGGGCAUCCUGGACAAGGAAGAGGCAGAUGUAAUUAAACGCAUAUAUGGCAGCCUGUAAAAAGCUAGUGGCUGCCAAAGAUGUAGAAAACUAGUAUAGUUUCCCCCACUUCUGGCUCAAUGACUAAUGACCUGUUAAUUUGAAGAUAUCAUUAGAAGUGCUCUGUUUACAUUGUACUGACAACUUUCUAGACAGAAAUGAAGAGCUAUAGUGCUCCGUACACUGACUGCAUACUGUAUUUUCCUACACUCACAAAUCAAUCCUAAACGCCAAAUUCUGACACUGAAUCUCUAUUUGAUAGGAUAAACAGUUAUGUAAAGUUCUCUUUGAUUUACUUUUUGUGUUUGGUUUACUUUUGUAGAUAAACCAGUUGUUUCUGAUGGAAAGUUCUUUUAAUGCUACAUCUUCUUGCUCUCACUCCACUAGCUUUCUAUAGAUGCAACUAUGUAAAGGGCAUUAUUAGAAAAUAGUUCAUAGUUCUCUAAAUAAAGUAUUUGAAAAUAA